CUCCACAGUACCACUUUGGUCCAGGCUGAGUGAAAGUUCAACAAGCACCUGCGGGGCCGCAUCAGUGGCUGCAGUAUGGGCAACUUUUCCAGCAAGGACAGCCAUGGACCCACAGGGGCCCCAGUGGAUAGUUUCCACACUCCUCCUACUUCUCCACAGAGUGACCUGCCAGCUGCCCCCCAAUUCCUUCCCCCUACAUCACCUCAACCUUCUUCUGCAGCCCCAAUUUCAUCACCACCUCCAGUCCCAGUUCUAGUCCUCACCUCCAGUGGGAAGAAAUCACAGCCGAGUACCACCCCGACCUCUCCCGUUCCCCCUCCUGAUUGGAGGCCUCAUCCACCAGUCAUCUCAAACAGCUCUACAAUUGGUCCAGGAGUUAGCCCAGUGCACAGCAAGCCAGGAAAUACUGUGGCAGUGAAAGGACAUGUUGCUCUGGGGAGGAAUGGAGGUCCUUCUACCUCUACCCCUCGGACUCCAGUCGCUCCGGGGAAGUGUGCGGCUGUCAGCCCCACAAAGAGCCUCUCAUCUCCGAGUAGUUCCUUACCUGUUGUGCAUAGCUCUUCCAAGCAGAACUGGAGAGAGAAGGACAGUGGUCUCAGCCAGUCUCUGCUGCCAGGUCUGGAGGCUGGGGACAGCCAGGGUGAGGAAGUGGAUAUGCUGCUGGAGGAAUAUAUACUGAAGUGUCUAGUGACAGAAGUGAAGAGCCUGAAGAGUACUUUACAGACGGAGCGUGGGGAAUGGCUACAGUUCCAGGCUGACCUACAGGUAGCGGUGUCAGUUGCUGACCGUCUACGAGCUGAGGCUGAAGAAGAGCUGACUGCGCUCCGAACGGCCCAGAAGGACGUUGAGAGGGAACUGGCUGCUGCCCAGCAGAGACAGAAGGAGGCAGACAUGCAGCUGGUCACCCUGAGAGGGGAAUUGAAGGAGAGCAGGCAGAGACUGGCUACUCUAACCCAGACUCAAGGCAAAACUGAUGUCCAGGCUCCAUGUCAGGAACCGGAGAAGCUCAACGGCGAACCAAAUAAUAGCAAAGAAGGGACUCCGAGGGGCAGGGAGAGGGAGAUGUACAGAUUGGGACGAGAGGCGUUGCAAAGUGGGAGUCAGAAUGAAGUGAUGAAGAAUGACGUCAGCGAGGAGGCCAGAACAGACUGUAAGGGUGUGACUAAACGUUAUCUGAGAAAUGUGACCAAUGAGGAUAGAAGUGCAGAGGAGGUGCGCUCUAGUGAGACACGAAGGACAAUGGCCACAGAGAGGUCAAGAAGCCUGUCCAGAUUACCAGCAUCCUCAGACACCCCUACUUUGCAGAAUGGAACUUCCCAGUCCAACACUGCUACAACAGCUGGAUCUACAAACAAGAAUGUGGGGCAAGUUAGAGGCAGAAAAAGUCUGGAUUGGCAAGACAGCAAGCUGAACACUGAUACAGGAAAGCGUGAGGAAUCUUUAAAUAAGUACAACUCUUCCCUCACUGAGCUGCCACCCACCAAGUCCCAGGAUGGUUUCAAUCUGCUGUUGCGUCGCCAUGGAGGCUCGAAGAGAAACUCACUGCUACGCUGGUGUCAGAGCCGAACCCAAGGCUAUAAGAAUAUUGACAUUACCAACUUUAGCAGCAGCUGGGUGGAUGGUCUCGCAUUUUGUGCUGUUUACCACACCUACCUCCCUUCACACAUCCCUUACAGCACCCUUAGUCCUGAGAACAAGAGGGAGAAUCUCAGUCUGGCAUUCAAAACAGGAGAGACUGUUGGGAUUGCACAAUCUCUGACUGUGGUGGAGAUGCUGAGAGCCGGUGGCCCUGAUUGGCAAAGGGUCCUGAGCUACGUGGAGAGCAUGUACCGACACUUUGAGAUGUAACUGCUGGACGUACUAACAGUCAAUCCUAUUGUGGUACCUUAAGUACUCAUCACACACUAUAAGUCAGUUAUAAUGAUGUCUCCCUAAAUACUUUACCAUACCUUUGUUGGCUGCCUGAAAACCAGAGAAACUGAUGUUUUUCUGUCAGCAAGAAAUGAUGUUCAAAGCUACAAUCUGCAACUUUUUGACAUUAAAAUACUUGCUUGCCCUUUGAGGUGCAGCACAUCUUA